AUGUCAACCCGCGUAGACCUCGAAUUGGUAGAAUAUUACAUCUCUAGGUUAAAUAGGGAUAGAAUAUUUCCUCCACAUAUCAAUAAUCCCGAAGAACUAGUUCCUGAUGUCACUGGUAGCCGUAGACCGCCACGGCCUUUAAAUGUGUUCUUGUUAUUGAGAAAAAAUGUAGCAGAAGAAGUUCGUCGGUGGAUUGACCGUCCAAAUAUGCGUGUAGUCAGCAAAGCAAGCUCAAUUUUGUGGUCAUUGUCUACGCAAGAAGAAAAGGACAUUUAUCAUCGUUUGGCAACAGAUGUCAAAAAUUUACAUGGAACCAGAUAUCCAGACUUUCGUUAUACUCUACCAAGAAGGCAACUUUCCUUUAGACCAUAUCCUAGGUCGCCGCCAGAGAGUGAAUUCACACCAAGACCAUCAUCUACACCAACUUUCAUACCACCGGCUGGUAUUACGCGUGAACUCAUGACUCCUCCCCCUUCACCACCGAAUGCGCUUGCACCAUCCCUGCCCACUGAUUAUGUUCCCGUUUAUUUUGAACCAGAGACUUUUACAUUUAUUGGUCCGGACGGCAAAUUGUAUCAAUGUUUCGCCGUGAACCCAUAUACUACUCAAAUGUAUUGA